GUAAUCGCCGAAAGCAUACUGCAAGAAACUUAAAAACAGUAUCAUCUAGGACCAUGGAGAAUUCGCAUGCUUUCAUACCAGUAAGGGACAAUCUAGCUUAAUAAGUGGAAGUGGCGCGACACUUGGUGAAUGGAUGGUCAAAAGAGCCAAAUUUGUUCCCCUUCGCUUGGAUGCCGAGGAGAGGAUUAAGCUUAGACUGUUGGAGGCGGCUCUGAAUGUUUCAGAAUACACAGACAAAGUGGAUAUCAUUUCAUAUUCAAGUAAAUCCAAACGCAUAGUGGCACAAAUUAAAGACUUUUGUGCUAUUUUGUCCGGACUGGUAGUGGCUGGGGACUACAAACUUGGCCAGGAACUUUUUUCCGAUCGUGCCUUCAGUGAAAAUGAAGUGUUCUUUCAAAAUGUGUUUGAAGUGGGCCGAAGACACAAGAUUAUGAACCCAGAAAAAAUGCGGUCAUCUUAUGGCAAGCUUAUAUAUCUUUUGAUGGACUCUGUCAUUCCUGAUGUACAGGAUCUCUUAGGGUUCUCUUGUGUUAUACCGAUUAAGACAGUAUAUACCUUCUUGAAGGAAACGGAAAGCCUAGAGCUACUUCACGAUGAUUCAAUCGCAAUGGCCACAAGAGAAAUUGUGUCCGAUGGCAAAUCUAGAACGCAUAUCGAUGCAGAGAUAAAACGUAAGGAGAAGGCAAUGGAAUACCUUUGCGAAACUUACCAGAACGAACGGAUAACGAGGGACCAGAUUAAACGAUGUUUAUUGUCGCUUUCGGACAAUCAUGCCUUCCUUAGAGCCAAUCGUGAUCCCUGUGAGAAAAUGUUGAAAUAUCUUACAAAGUACUUCAGUCCCACCAAGGCAGAGCCUGGAUAUUCACUUGCUAUCUCUUCAGGACGUGGUGGUCAUCGAUUGACACAUAAUCAUGCCACUCAAUUUGCCUAUGUGCACCAGACACUCAAUCUCUGGAGAGAGAUUCUUCAUGAAAUGUUUAUGCUUUGGAGUCUAUCUGAUGACGACUUGUUGUCCUCCAACCCAUAUCGGUUAACCAAUACAGGACAAGGAUUGCACCGUAUACAAGCAUGCCCCUCUGUUAGUCGAGAGAUGCAUAGAACACUGCAUCGCGCGCAAAAAAAAUCGGGUUCCUGGAUAGGGAGCAGUGUCAUCCAUCUCGGCGAUAAGAAUGUGGCCAAUGCAUUCAUGUUUAUAGACAAGUAUAAUCAAGUAGCACGUAUCCUGAAUCCUAUUGUGCUUACCCUUGACAAGCUGGAUGACUUUUCUGAAGAUCCAGGGCUUCAAGAGUAUGUACAGAGUACAUUUGGGGGUGUUGAACAGUGCAGAAAAGACAUAUUGCUGGACUUUUUCAGAAGCGCCUUUGAUGGAUCUGGUGCUGAUAACUUUUUUGAUGCUGGUAGCUGCAUCGACGGUAGACUGACAUCAGCUUGGAACUGGUGCUCUCAAAUUGAGAAGAAAUCAUACUUCCCCGUAUUCUUGUUGACUGGAUUUGUUGGUUUCGAUGGUGGAAGUUGGAGCUAAAGCUUGUCACCCGGGGUGCCUUAUGCAUGGCCCAUCAUGGCAGAAUAGCAUAAGGAGCUAAGACUUGAAUGACCUGCCUUCGGU